AGGCAGCUCUUUCAGAGCCAACCGGAGCCGGACAUGUUUGGCAACGAUGAGAAUCCAUCCAAAAGCUCGUCAGAGGGACAGAAAUGGACGAACAAGAACUGGUUGAAGUCGCGCUUCCAUUUCAACUUUGCGGAGUACCACUCAGGGCCUUCCCAGUUUGGUGUGCUGCGUGUCAUGAACGAUGACCUGGUACAGCCGCGGCGGGGCUUUGGAAUGCAUCCCCACCGGGACAUGGAGAUUCUGACCUUCAUCAUCAACGGCCGCUUGACACACAAGGACUCGAUCGACACAGAGGAGACCUUGGGGCGCGGUGGUGUGCAGUUCAUGACGGCUGGGCGUGGCAUCCGACAUUCAGAGCACAAUUUGCAUGAUGAGCCACUUCGCUUCAUCCAAUGCUGGGUGGUACCGCGGAGGCGUGGCUUUGAGCCAGCCUAUGGUUCCUACACCUGCACUGAUGCUGAGCGACAGAAUCGCUGGGCUUUGGUCGCUGCGGAUUUUGAGCAUCGGUCUGUGAAAGCUCCAGUGCAGAUCCAGCAAGAUUGCAACAUCUACGUGUCAGAGCUCCAGGCUGGUCGAACUCCUGAAGCAAUGAGGAUUGAUCAGCAACGCCAAGGAUAUCUCUUGUGUGUGGAGGGCAGCGUCCAGCUGGUGGAUUCCGCUGGUAAGGUGCGUCAGAUGCAUCAGCACGAUGCGGCAGAGCUGAAGGGCUCAGUGGAGUUGACACCGACAGCUGGAGUCUCUUUGCCCAAGCUGCACGUCGUGCUGCGCUUGCAAAUGGAGCAUUCCUCCUCCUUUUUGAGAUGGCGAAGAGCCAUCACAGCCGAAGCGAUGUCUGAGAACUUGCAUCAUCGGUGCAUUUUUGGAGAUCUAAGGGUGAGCCUUGUUGAUCCUUGUUAUAUAAAUAUCUUUGUUCCACCUGAACAAAAAUAAAAACAUGUGAUUUAGAGUCUGAAAAGAAGUGAUGUCAGGAGUUGGCUCGGAGACGGCUCCAACCUCGAGCAGUUUUUUUGCUUUGGCAGGACUCGGAUCGCUGUCGAUCAUGGACGCCUUCAGGGACUCCUGGAAAUAUGAUGGAGCUCCGAAGGCUCUUGAAAGGGAUAUCGAUGAUCAGGUAUGAUCAGAUCAAGUGCCACAUGCGGUGGA